CCUGAGGAACACCUGAGUGCUGAGCUAGCAGGUGAGAGACGCCUCCAGUCUUCUGUCUCCAGCACUUCAGACAGACACUUCAGCAGUGCCUACAGCAUGCAACAGUGUGUUGAACUUUUAGGAAUAUAAAAAUUAAUCUAUUUUAACUGCAGCCUGCUGGACUCAAGACCCAGGACCAGAUAGUCCAGAUUGAUUGGAUCUGCUGACUGAUGCCACAGAGCCGGGAUGGAGAUUGAGUCUAUGGUAGCGAACACUGCGCUGAUCAGAGCCAGAGAAGGCUGUGGAGGGAAAGGUAAAGGAAGAAGCCGGAGAUGGAGAGAACUUCUGCGCUUUCCCCACAUAAACCAGUGUACAGAGCUGGAGAAAAGCAUGGAACGGGAAUACUACAGCCUGUGUGUGGAUCAGCCUAUUGGGAAGGCCUUGUUCCACCUCUACUGCGACACACGACCAGAACUCAAGCGCUGUGUUAGCUUCCUGGAGGCAAUGGAAGCUCAUGAACUGACACAAGAUGAGAAUCAGAAGAGCGGUGGAAAUGAGAUUAUUGAGAAAUACCUCAACCCAAAGUCUCCCCACUUCGUGCAGGAGAUCCAGGAGAGCCAGCAGCAGCUGUACAUCCAGAACCUCCAGAGGAACGUCUGCGACGGAAACUUCAGCUACUUCAAAAAAUCAGUCCAUGACUUUCUGAGUGGAGCUCCUUUUAAAGAUUAUCAGAAAAGCAUGUAUUUUGAUCGUUUCCUGCAGUGGAAGACGAUCGAAAGAAAGCCCGUGACAAGAGACAUGUUUCGAGAAUACCGUAUUUUGGGAAAGGGAGGGUUUGGAGAGGUAUCUGCAUGUCAGUCUCGAGCCUCUGGGAAAAUGUACGCCUGUAAAAAACUGGAGAAGAAACGCGUGAAGAAGCGUAAAGGAGAAGCGCUGGCCCUGAACGAGAAACAGAUCCUGGAGAAGGUCAACAGCAGAUUUGUGGUCAGUUUAGCGUACGCCUACGAGACUAAAGAUGCCCUGUGUCUGGUCCUGACGCUGAUGAACGGUGGAGAUCUGAAGUUUCAUAUUUAUAACAUGGGCAGCCAGGGAUUCAUCAAAUCCAGGGUCCAGUUCUACUCUGCUGAGAUCCUCUGCGGCCUGGACCACCUGCACCAGAACUGCAUCGCUUACAGGGACUUAAAGCCAGAAAACAUUCUUUUGGAUGAUAAUGGGCACAUACGGCUCUCUGAUCUGGGGCUUGCAGUCGACCUGCAGGAGGGACAACUUGUUCGGGGAAAAGUUGGAACAGCGGGAUACAUGGCUCCUGAAGUAAUAAAAAACGAGUACUACAGUUACAGUCCGGACUGGUGGGGACUCGGGUGUAUCAUCUACGAGAUGACCUCCGGUAAUCCGCCGUUCCGUGAUCGUACUGAGCGCGUGCACAGGAAGGAGCUGGAGCUGAGAGUUCUGGAGAUGGAGGUUCGAUUUAAUGAAAAGUUCGACAAAAACACUAAAUCCAUCUGCCAGGCGCUCUUUACGAAGAAUCCGAAGGAGAGGCUGGGCUGUAAGCUGGAUGGAGCAGCAGCUGUUAGAGCUCAUCCGUUCUUUAAGGACAUUAACUUCAGGAGACUGGAGGCGGGAAUGGUGGCGCCCUCCUUCGUUCCAGAUCCGAGAGCCGUGUACUGCCAGGAUGUUCUGGAUAUUGAUCAGUUCUCCACGGUUAAAGGAGUAAACCUGGAGGAAGUAGAUGUGGACUUCUACGCCAAGUUUAACACAGGGAGCAUGGCCAUCCCAUGGCAGAAUGAGAUGAUCGAGAGCGAGUGCUUUAAAGAGCUGAAUGUAUUCGGACCCAGAGGAUCGAGAACACCCGACCUGGACCGGACUAUUCAAAUCCGACAAAGCCCUGAACUCCGUCCAAAGAGCCAACAACCUCCGGAGUCUCGCCACAGAUUCAUCAAUAAACUCUUUAAAAGACAGCCGCGUGACGAGGCUAUAGAUCGGAGGAGAAAUGCAAUAAAAGAGCACACAGAAGACCCUCGAGCCAGACUGAUAGACUCAGACUAUUCCAGCUUAUAAAUACUUCCCAUUGUAAUGCUGAAGAGUGUGAACUUUAAUUUUAUACUGAAUUAAAAGAAGCUGAAUUCUCCUGCAGGUGUGAACAAAUGCAGACUGUGCCGCGCUGUGCAGGAACAUGACGCAACUUGAAAUAUCUUGUGUAAAUAUGUGACUGAAAGUGAUCUGUGAAACAGUUUUUGUAUAUUUUGUGCUUUACUCUAUUAAACAUUACAGUACUUACGUUACCAAA